AUGACGACGGCGCAGGGUAGGCCAAGGGCAGAUUUGGAUGGAGAUAUCGAUGGUACUCAAACUUUGGCUCGCGAGGAAGUGCCGAUACCUCGGGCGAUCUUCCUUCCACAAGUCCGAACUCUUGGGGCGCAUGCUUGCGAGUAUCGCGUGGCUGCGAACGGCUGA